GCUGGCGAAGCAGGGAGGGAGGGAUCUCUCUUGCCCGUACCUUGGCAGAGAAAAAAAGGAGUGGACAGUUGGUGGUUGGCGCCGAAUCCGCCGAUCAAUUUCAAGAAGACCGGCGGACGGUUCUCGAAAUGAAGAUGUUGUUCCCGUCCUUCUCCCCAAUGGGGGCAAUGGCGGCGCUGCUGCUGCUGGUGACGAUGCUCCAGCUGGCCGUGCAUGGACAGGCUGAAGCUCCGCCGGCAAAUACCGUGAGCAUCGAAGGCUUCUCUUAUAACGGAGAUGGUUGUCCCUCCGGAUCUGCGGAAGGUUCCAUCUCCAGCGACGGCCAGGCGCUGACGGUAAUGUUCAGCAAGUACACUGCAACCACCGACGGGGGCCUCCAGACGAACAUGCGGAAGAGCUGUGUCGUGACCGUCAAGCUCAACUAUCCUCCUGGCUUCGUCUUCACCCUCGGGACGGUGACCAUGCGCGGGUACGGUAAGUUGGACGCCGGCGUCAAGGGCACUAUCAAGACGAGCUACUACAUUUCCGGCCUGCCAGGGACGGCCUCCGCCACGCACAACUUCGACGGCCCGUUCGACGACAACUUCGAGGUGGCCAACGAGUUCAUCGCGGCCGUCGAAAGCGCUUGCAACGUGGUGAGGAACCUUCAGCUCAAGUCGGAGGUCCGAGUGAAUCCCGGAGAUUUCCAGCCGCCGAGGAACGGACUGCUCACUCAGGACUCGCAAGAUCUCAAGCUCACGCAAAAGUUUUACUUCAACUGGCGGAGUUGCUGAGCCGAGCGGUGGCUGGCACAAGUCAG